UACAAAGACUUCGCCGCUAUGAGGACGCUAUGGAGGAGCUCAGGAAUCUUCUGUCCCAGUCAGUGUAUUGUGUGGAUAGUAGGGGGCGCUGGUGGGACAGACUUGCUCUCAAUCUCCAGCAACAUCUUACAACAGCAUGAGCAGGCCAUUUGUGUUAUCCGGGAUGGACUGAAUGACCCUCUGGUCCGAACAGGCCACAAAUUGUCACUUCACCAGCGAGCUUCCCGAAUGAAGGAAUCUGCUAGCUUGAAGAAGUACCGUCUGCUGCUCCGAGAUCUGCCCACAGUGCACGUACAGGAUGUCACUCAUGUGAGUGCUCAGUUCCACAUGGGGAACAUU